AUUUUCUCUUGUUAAAAUGUAAUGUAAAUAAGUGUGUGCAUUUCACAUUUUUCAAAAUGUAACGAGUACUUUGGGUUGUCAGGGAACAUUUAUGGAGGAAAAAUGACAAUAUUUUCUUUAGGAAUGUAGUGAAGUAAAAGUAAUCAAAAAUAUAAAUAGUAAAGUGAAGUACAGAUCCCCCAAAAAACUACUUAAGUAGUACUUUCAAGUAUUUUUAUUAAGUACUUUACCCCACUGGCUGACGUGAGAGUUAUAGAUCCUUACAGAUGCUACUACUGAUUAAGAUGCUAACACAUUACUCAUGCUGAUUAUUGAGUGAUAAAUGAAGACCCUAAGAACAUCAACUUGCCAAUGGUGCAAUAACAAAACUAUUGAAAGUAAGACGUAUCAUGUGUUUAUGUCCCCAUUAGAUUAGGCUUCUUAUCUGAGUGGGCGUGGUUGCUUUUCACUAGAUAUUUGAUAGGAUGCUGCUAAACUGUAGGGACAAGACUAGAGACCAGGAAAUGAAACCUAAAUAGGCAUGAUUGACCUGAAGUCAGGAAUUGAAACCUAAGCGCCAGGUUUCCUAAGCAUAUGGGGUAUUCCUGCAUUUAUCUGGCAGCAGCAGCUAAUUUCAGCAGAAGCGUAUUCAACUACAGUUUGGUUACUAUGGAUGUUAACCCUGACUCCCCAUACUACAUCAACUUGCUUGACAGCAAGACUCAUCCUGAAGAUCACAGAGAAUAUGUGAUGUUUCAUGGCUGCUCAAAAGAGGGCGCAGAGUUAAUUAAGAGGGAUGGCUUCAAACCAUCAAGUGCAGAUAGAAUGCUUGGAGCUGGUGUUUAUGUUUCUCGGGACAUCCGAAAAGCCAGUAAAUACCCUCUUGGUGUUCCCGACUCUGAGAAAAGAGUACUAAAAGUCAGAGUGGAUGUAGGGAAGGUUAAGAUCAUAGACAAGCAGGGUCACCCCAUGCAGAAGACAUGGCACACUGUGCAUGGCUUUGACACUGCCUGGGUUCCUCCUAAUGUUGGCAUUGUACUGUGUAACCUGGAGGAGGACUGUGUCUACGACCCAAAGAGAAUCAAAGUAAUCGAGGUCAUGAAGGUUACUGAAGAUAACUUAUCUCAAUAUGAUCAUCUUCAGAGUGGAGUCACCCCUGAGGACAGCCACGUCUACGUGAUGUAUCAUGGAACAUCAAAACAGAUUGCUGUGGAAAUACAGAGAAAUGGCUUCAAACCAUCCAGAGAUGGUAUGCUUGGUGCCGGUGUCUACCUCAGUCGAGACAUCCGAAAAGUCAUUAGAUACCCCCUCAACAUUCCUGACUCUGAUAGGAUGGUUCUGAAAGUAAAGGUGGAUGUAGGCAGGGUUAAGGUGAUAAACAGGCAGAGACACCCCAUGCAGAAGACCUGGCACACUGAGCAUGGUUUUGACACUGCCUGGGUUCCACCUGGAGUUGGCAUGGUGCCGAGCAACCAAGAGGAGGACUGUGUUUUCGACCCAAAGAGAAUCAAAGUGUUGGCAAUGCUGAAAGUGCCCAACUUAAAAAUUGUAAACCCAUGGUUGAACAAUCCACUGCAAAACUGAUGGCGUUCUGCAUUCAGAGGGAGCAUCUAGCAUCAACUCAUGGUCAUCAGAAGAGGAUGGUUCGAAUCAGACGGUCCCGCAUGAUGUAGUUCGUCGGAAGAAGAAGCUAUAUUUCGCAAUAGGCCUACCGAUGUUUUGACAUGGCAAUCUAUAUGCAAUCAAUCAUAUAACCUUAUCAUAUCAAAUAUUUUUUAAAUACAAUAAAUAAUAUUUACUUGAUGUCAAUAAUACAUGUGUAUCAAUGAUCAUACGUUGUUUUAUAAAAAUGAUUUUCUUCCUAUAAUAAAUCUAUAAAAGUUC